AUGGUGAGCGACUCGGCGUUUACCGGCAGGCCGAUCCGCGUCGUGCUGGCCGACGGGCAGCCCGACGUCAUCGCCUCCUUCAAGAAGACCUUCUCCUCCACCACCUACCCCGACAUCGUCGCCACCGCCUGCACGCCCGAGGACCUCCAGCGCGCGCUGUCCUCGACCCCGCGCCUCGACGCCGUCCUCCUCGACUCCGCCACCUUUGGCGAGGCCUCGGUGCUGCAGGCCGUCCAGGACGCCCACCCGGCGCUGCCCGUCAUCUACCUGUCCCACAACCCGGCCUCGGACACGCUCGAGAACAUUGUUCUGCGCAGGGCGACGGCCGGGGUCGUCCGCAAGGACGACAAGCCCGAGGACCUCGCGUACGCCGUCGAGGCCGUCCUAGAGGGCGACCCCGAGGGUGAGGGCGCGGCGGGGGGCGUCAACCCCAACCGUCUGACGGUGCGGGAGAGGGAAGUGCUGAAAUACUUGCUGGACGCCAUGACGACGGGGGAGAUUGCGGCCGAGGUGCAUCGCAGCCUCAAGACCAUCUCGGCGCUGAAGCAGAGUGGCUGCGACAAGCUGGGAGUCCAGAGCAUCGCGGGGCUUUUCAAGCUGAAAGACCGCAUUAUUUGA